AUUUUAGAAUGUGUUGCUGUUGUAAUGGUCAGUGAGGUUUUUUUUUUUCUAUUCAUGAAAAUGAUUCCUUGACAUAGCAAUGAUGGUUGAUAAUGCGACUAAAGAGUCACAUAUAACAAAUAAUGCUCUCAUUUGUCAGUAAAUACUGGUUUCUCUUGUUGAACUCGGCAGAUGAAUGUCAAUGUCAGACCGCCACUGUUGAGGAACAGCUGCCACUUGUUAACUACCGAGCUUGAGAGAGAGAGACAUCCAGCCCUGUGCUCUGUGGAAAGAUGACCACUUCCAAUAAAACAAUGUUGAUGGCAAAGUUAGCUGCUUUUGGCUUUGUCUGCUCUCUUGUUACAUUCUGUCUGUAUUUUGAGCCUUCAUUGAAUGUUUGCGGAACUACAUCAGUUGAAGUGAAACAUCAUGUAGGCGUGCAUCCAAACGAAAAGCCCAUAGUCCUCCUGUGGUACUGGCCUCUUGGCGUGAAGUUUGAUUUCAAAGAUUGCCUUAAAUACUAUAACAUUGAGAGCUGUGUCCUGACUGCUGACAGAUCCCUCUACAACAAAGCACAGGGAGUCAUUUUCUACCAUAGAAACAUAGCCUGGAAUCUGAAUGACAUGCCGCAGGGUCCUCGUCCAGCUUUUCAGAAGUGGAUUUGGUUCAAUGUGGAAUCGCCGACAAACACAGAAAGGAAAAUGGGGAUGGACAACUUGUUCAACUUAACACUAAGCUAUAGAAGAGAUGCAGGCAUCAUAGUGAGGAAUGAGCUCACCAUCAGGGAAACUGAAAACACAGAGGAUUUUGUCCUGCCCAAGAAGGACAAGCUGGUUUGUUGGAUUGUCAGUAACAAGGACAAAAGAACUGGAACACUUGUGAGGGAAAACUAUUUUGAAGAACUGUCCAAACACAUUGAUAUCCGCCUUUUUGGCAGAGCUCACACCGGGCGCCAGUUGGGCUAUGACGAAUAUUACCCAACUAUUGGUAGCUGUAAGUUUUAUCUCGCUUUCGAGAAUUCCAUCCACAGAGACUACAUCACAGAGAAGGUGAAUGGGCCUCUCGUGGCGGGGACCAUACCUGUAGUUUUGGGUCCUCCGAGAGCAAACUACGAGCAGUUCCUCCCCUCUGACGCCUUCAUUCACGUCAAUGAUUUCCCCAAUCCUAAAGCACUGGCAGAGUUUCUGCUCCAUUUGGACAAGAAUAAUACAGAGUACAUGCGUUACUUUGAGUGGAGAAAGUUUUACUCAGUCACUCCUCACCUCCUGUCAAUGAACAACGAAUUCACUCAGCCCAUCUGCCUCGCCUGUGACCACAUAUCAAAAGACCUAAAUUUCCAUGUGGUUCACGACCUUUUUAGUUGGUACUCUCAAAAGUAAUAGGAACAUUCCUCGAAGGUCAAACAGGAAUCGUUUUUACAAAGAAUGUGUAUCAUAUUUUUGUAUAUUCU